ACACUCUCAGCUUUCUCGUUUUCCCCUCCCCACACACCGUCAUGCCCGAAUAUACAAGAGAGGAAUUGGAUAGCAUGAGGAUAGCCUUAGAAGGCGAAUCCGCUUGGGAUCGCAUGAAAAGAAAGUCCAAGGAAGAGCCGCUGGUUCCGGCAGGUGUUGCAUUGACAUGUUUCGCGCUGGUAGCAGCAACGGUCGGUGUAAAGACAGGCAACCGUGCCUAUGCAAAUAACAUGUUUCGUCUUCGUGUUGCCGCACAGGGUUUCACGGUUUUUGCCAUGGUCGGUGGAUCUUUAUGGUACACGCACAAAGAAAACCAAGCUAAAGCCGCCGCUGCAGCUGAAGCCAUUCAAGAUCAACAAAAAUAGUCUUAAAGCUCUUGCUUGUCUUUUUCAAUGUACAUUUUUUCUAACCACUCAUAAAGAAAAACAAUUACAAAUGCAUU